AUGGGAGGCUUUGGUCACAAUGCAACAGGAAAGAUCGAAAAGGUCAAGAAAAGGAUCCGACGUAUUUUUAAAAGGAGAUCCAGAGAAAAAGUUUCGGAGAAUACAGUGCACCACAAGGUUGGCCAUGACUUCGCCAAGCUUAUCCUCGUCAUGUGGGCGAAUGGCAGCCAGCACCAUAUAGACCUUCCGCCCAGCAAAGUUGAGGAAGCUUUCCGCCGGGCUAGACAGUACCAGACACUUACGAUCUUUAACCAUGGUAUGGACCCGAUGACAACGAUAACGAAGGAUAUCAAGGCUGGUUGUAAAGAUACCAGCGUGGUGAGGCAUAAGUACUGGUCUUUACUCGACAAAGACAAAACGAAAAUAUCCAAAAUUGCAGAUGAACUAGGGCUAGGCCUAGUCUACGGAUUUGCCACCGGCAAGACGUAUUCCCAGCUUUCAGAAUCUGGUCGCGAACUAGCUGAUGCUUGCAAGGGAAAAUCGAAAUUGGACUUGCUUUCUCAAGGAACAAAGUACCGUGGAAUGAUGGAGCUCCACCAAUGCAUGAAGCUUCGAGGUCUAGGAGUGAGGUUUCUACGAAUCGCACUAAAGAAUGUGAAAACUCCAACAGCAGAUGUUACAGGAAUUCUUUUCAGCUUUCUUAAGAAAAUCCUGGCAAUCCGUAAAGAGGACGCAAAGGGUCUGUACAAAGCUUACCUCCAAUGGGAGGAGCAAAACCACAUGCUGGCUGAGGCUGGCAAACUAAAGGAACGGGACGCCACAGCUGAAGAUUCGGCCUCUCUUGAACUCCAAUCUUGUCGCGCGAACGCCAAUGACGUACUGGAUUUGCAACAGACCCAGGCAGACGUCCUUCCUGGAGAUGUAAUCUUCUCUACCCUUCUGUAA